UUCAGCUCUCCCCGAUAUUAUCCCAUAUCGCUGCUCCACACUCAGAAUCUACCCUCAACUUGUGCGUGGCCUACUCCGACGCUUUCACAGCCCGCAGAAACGCUAUGGACCACUAGCUCCCCGACUCGGACCAUCUCAUCUCAUCAUCUACCCCAGCUUUCCACCUCGAACCGUCAUACCUCCCACUAUGCCCGCAGCCAACAAAGGCAAAGGAAAAGGCCGUGACCGCGAUCGCGAUCGCGACCGAGAUCGUGAUCGAGAUCGAGAUCGUGAUCGCGACGUACGCCCCUCGCGCAGUCGCAACACCACUCCAAGUUCCAGUUUCAGUGCUGGCCCGACCGCCGCCCCGGUCCACAGUUACCUCGACAACGAUGCAUCCAAGCUGAUGAUGAACGCCUCCAUACAAUACGGGGAGCUGCUCGAGCGUAUGGGCGGCGUGGGUCCGAUUCCGGACUCCAAAUCCCUGGAAAUGCUGAUGGAGCAUCUGAAGACGCUCGGCCAGCUGGCCGAGACCCGCCACGACGUCUGCAAUGCCGGCAUCCGGGAGCUAUCGCAGAAGCGCAAGGAAGUCGUGGACGAACCUGAACACGGCGACCGGGACGGCGGCGAUCGACUCAAGAUGAAGCGCGAAGCGGACGAGGAGGACGAAGAAAAGGUGUUCAAGGGCGGCAAGCUGAAGAAGCGCAAGGAGCGCGGCAGCAGCUCCCGGGAGGAUCGACCUCUGGCUCAUGGAGCACAUGGCCUGGCACGGCAGGAUGGUGCAGAAACUAAAGUGGAGGGAGCCGCAUCCCCAGCUUCCAAAAAAUCCAAGAAUGCCGCCGCCGAAGACACCUCGCUCUCCCCGAAGUCCCCCCGCGAGGCCGCAGAGGCAGCCAAGGGCUCUCAAGACGAAGACUCCAAUAGCGACUCAGACGAUAGCUCCGACUCGCACCAGCCCGAGCCGGCCCCGGCCGUGCCUCAAGUGCAGGUGUUCGGCCCCAACCCGCUCAAAUUCGAUGACCCGACCAUCUACCACAUUCGCGAGGUCACGCCGAAUAUGACCGAUGAGGAGAAGAAGUUUAUCUACAGCGUCAACCGCUUCCCGCGCAGCGAUUUGAGCCACAUGAUGGCGGGCGUCCCGCCCGACCGCGACUUCAGCAACUCCAAGCCCACCAACCAAGUCAGUGCCAACACGUUCCUCGCCUACAUUGACCCAUACGUGCGCCCCAUGACGGAGGAGGAUAUGGCAUUCUUGAAGGAAAAGGGCGACCGCGCGACCCCGUUCAUCAUGCCCCGCCGCGGCAAGAAGCACUACACCGAGAUUUGGGCCGAGGAAGACGGACUCAACAACUCCGACCAAGCCAACGGCGAUAAAGAGCGUCUGCCACUGAACCAAGGCCGCGGCAACAUUGACCAAAUCACCGACGAGACGGUCGAGACCGCCAAAGUCUCCGUGGGCCCCCUACUCAGCCGACUCUACUCUCUCUUGCGCUACGAGCACCGCACAAAUCCCGACGACACAGCUCCCAACGGAGACGGACUGGGUCCGACCACGACCAACGGCCUCAACGGCUUUGACUCGAUGGACCUCGACCACCCUCAGCUCCCGCCACCGGGUCUCCCAAACGGCAGCACCAACGAGGCCUCCGACACCAAGCCCCUCGCAUCGGCGACGAGCUUCCCCGACGCGUCCCCCAACGGCUUCAAAGCCGCUGCGGCCAAACUCGACCACGCGCAGCUCGACGAACGCCUCAAGGCCGAGCUCCGCCACGUCGGGUUCCUGGGCCCGGACGACAACCCGGACUACGACGCGCACUACGACGACGACAUCGCGCAGCGGCUGCGCCUGCUGCAGAGCGAGCUCAAGAAGCAGAUGAUCAUCAACAGCGCGCGCAAGGCCCGCCUCUUCGACAUCGCGCGCGAGCGCAUGGCCCAUCAGGAGUACAUGACCAUCCACGACGACCUCGACUCGCAGGUCCAGCAGGCCUACCUCAAGCGCAGCCGCACCCUCGGCAAGAGCAAGAAGGGCUCCCAGGCCAAGCACCGUCCCGGUGGCGGCGCCGGGGGUGUCGGUGGUGCCGGCGGGUCGGGCGGGUCGGGCGUCGGCCGCCCCGCUAUCGGCGACGUCGCGCGCACCCUGAUGGAUCGCCGCAAGCGCUGGCGCGACUGCAUCGGCCCUGUCUUCCGCGAGAGCAAGACGAGCGUCCCCGGGAAGAACGAGACGGUCUUCGAGCCGGCGACCAUGGCGGAACUGGAGAAGGCGGAGCUGGAGGGGUGGGAUGAGGAGCAGGAGUGAUCCUCACACUUAUCGCCCUUAUUUCCUCCUUCAUCUUACAGUAUCCGUGCUGUGUGUACUUGUUCAAUGUACAUCUUCUCUUCCCCCUUUUUUUUUCUUUAUUUUGGGUCUUGAGUGUUUUUGAUUUGGACUGCCCGUUCUUUGUCCGCGCUGAGCGCAUCACAUCAUAAGGGUCUUUGUUUCCUGUCGGCUGAUGAAACUUUUUUAUGGGUUUGAUCUUUUCGGGCGGAGAGUGGGGUCAUGGGGUGUCGGGUGUCGGGCGUCGGGAUUUAGGCGUUACAAAGUCAUGGAUGGAUGGAUGGAUGGAUGGAUGAAAUGAAUGGUUGGCCGGUUUGGC